AAACUGGAUUCUUUUUGGAAUCACGUCAUUUUUAUCAGUGAAAUUCAACCAACGAUGAAUAUGAAGAUACAUUUUGUAUUACGUUUUACAUUAUAUCUCUUCGUGAUAUGUCGUGGACAAGGUAACGAGUCAAAUUAUAAUCGACCUAAAUUUAUCAAAGUCACCAAUGCUACAAUUAAGAAAGAUUACAUGCAGAAGAUAGAGGUGAACAAUAGCGAAGAGUGUGCGGGAUUGUGUUACCAGAAAGAUGAGUGUCAUUCAUUCGUAUUCGACCACUCAAAUGAAACAUGUGAACUUUAUAAAGCAUCAACAGAAACACACAGAUUAAGAAUCUCAAAUGCGGACUUCUACCAGUUCAAAUAUAUGAGUAAAAACGGGUGUCCAGUAAGCGUCAUUUAUGGCGCCAAAUUCGAUGAACAUAAUGCUGCAGCUGGGCAAGUUAAACCAUUAUUAGAUUGCCUACAGAGUUGCUAUCAAGAACCUCAGUGCAAUGCUGUCACAUACAAUUUGGACUCAAGCCUCUGCAUCAUGACCAAUUAUACAUCUCUCAAUGCCACAGUUAUCAUAGUACAUAAUCACUGGCUACAUAUUGAAUUCAUAAAAUCCUACAAGUUCCAAAUACAGUAUAAUCUUGAUCGUAUUAAGUCACCUGCAAACUGCACUUUGAGAAAUUUACGUUUGGCUUACUUUAAAAACGAAGCAAACGGAAGUGGUGUGACACGGACCAACAGAUACACAAGAAAAAUGAACUCAAAGACUUUUUUUAAAACAUUAAGGGGAUCAAAAUAUAAAUUCCAAAGCAGAAUCUCCUGUGCCGCUUCUUGUGAUUUAUUGAAAAGAUGUAUCGGCUUCAUUUAUGUAAAUGAGAAAUGUAUCCUUAAAACUGAGUACUGACUCCGAAGAGAUUUCUCCAAAAUAUUCUAUUUAUGUACACGUGAUGUUGACUUCAAUAUUUUGGAUUUCCGGUGUGGAUUUCAGUCACAACUCAAAUUAUUUUACUUUAUCCCUGCGCAUAAAAAUUAUUACGCUUGUUUUCAGUAAGAUUUUUGUCAAUGGAAAUGUAAGACAUACAUAUUAAUAUUAGUAAUAUUUUUAAGAAUU